UAACGUAAACAAUAUAUCCAUUGCUUACGUCAAUUCUGAUCAGCAUGUACAGGUAUAUAAGGACUCAAACGUUUCAAUUUCACAAAUAAAUCUGCGAUCAGCAACAUAAAUUAAGACAAGAUGGUGCCUUUACGAGAUAUAAUUGUUGUUGUCCUGUCAGUGUAUUACAGUGUGAACAUUUGCUUUGGUUACCAUUCAUGCAAAGAUCUUAAACAGUAUAAUACAAACCUUCAAAGUGGAGAAUAUUUGAUGUACAACGGCAAAGGUCAGACAUACAAAGCAUUUUGCGAAUUCCACGGGACUUACGGAUACAUGUUCAUCUCUAAAAAUGCUGGCGUCGAAAUCAAGCUGGACCUGAUAAAUCCUGACACCCAUGAGGUUCUUGUGAGACAUGCGCGCUCCAACGGGAAGCAAUACGAUACCAAUAUGAGACAAAUAUCUUCAAAGUAUUCAGUACCGUUAAGUAUUCAAUAUAGCAAAUAUGUCAAUUAUGCCCGUCCACUUAACUCUAAUACAAUGGGACCAUUUCUUUAUUUAGGGUUUCUGCCUCGAUCUAUUGCAAAUCAAAAGUCGAAACAAGGUUACAGUGCCAAUGGAAAGGAUUUCACGUUUACAAAUUGCGACAGAAAUCCUAACAGUUAUUUGGCUUUCUUUUUUAACCCAAGUAACGGAAAUCCAACCAACUAUCAUUUGCGCUGCUGUUACAGUAAGCUCAUGCAGGACUGGAUAAACGAAGGUCAAACAGCGCCAAACAAAAGAGAAAGUCAUCUUCCCCAAAGCUACUUCUUCCAGUUUGAAAUGCACAUGGGCGGUUGUGGUGGAUAUGCAAUCAAUGGGUAUAACAAAUUAAGCAACAUUUGCGGAGCAGCGUUGGGCAUGCGCUUCAGUCUCUAAGCUGGAUGAACAGUGUUGAAAAUAUUUUGCUGUGCAAAUUGUGGUGUGUUUUCUGUGUUUGUCUUACUACAACAGACGUUAGAGUCAAUAUGUUUAUACAUGUAUUAUGGUGUAUCUGUUAUAAUAAAUAAAUAAUAAAAAAUAUAUAUAUGUAGGCUACAUUA